CAACUGAGGCCAGCGCAGACACUUGACGGACGGAAGGUCGAUCGACUGUUGACGCCGACAACGAGAAACGACCGCAGGUGUUGACGGUGAUUUCACAGAAGCAUAAGUCGGCGCUUAGAGAAGCUUACAAGAACAAGAAAUACUUGCCUCUCGAUCUCCGUCCCAAGAAGACCAGGGCCAUCCGCAGAAGGCUUACGAAGCACCAGCAUUGUGAGGACAACAAAAGUGGAUGAAAGUAAAUUUAUGAAGAGAGGUGCAGGAACAGAAGAUAGGGAGUUGAUCCAUGGAUUCGGGAGAGUACGAGCAUGACAUGGCCUCUCGAGAAGUUUGUGCAAAUGGAGUUUGCAUGAAAGCAACAGAUGUUGAGGCCAAGCUUGAUGAAGGAAAUAUUCAGGAGGCAGAAUCUUCAUUGCGAGAAGGGUUAUCACUCAAUUUUGAGGAAGCAAGAGCUCUUCUCGGAAAGUUGGAAUAUCAAAGAGGCAAUGUAGAAGGUGCUCUUCGAGUGUUCGAGGGUAUCGAUCUCCAAGCAGCUAUUCAGCGAUUACAACCUUCUCUUGUUGAAAAACCACCUUCUAAGAAGGGUCGAACUCGCACUGAAUCACAGCAUGCAGUCUCGCAGCAUGCUGCUAGCCUUGUUCUUGAAGCCAUAUACUUAAAAGCCAAGUCUCUCCAAAAGCUGGGGAGAUUAACUGAGUCUGCUCAAGAAUGUAAGAGCGUGCUUGAUGCAGUAGAAAAGAUAUUCAAGCAGGGCAUACCUGAUGUAGAAGUAGAUAACAAAUUGCAAGAGAUAGUCAGCCACGCUGUGGAGCUCCUUCCAGAGCUUUGGAAGCAGGCUGGAUGGCAUCAAGAAGCAAUUUCUGCUUAUAGACGGGCCCUUCUCGGUCUCUGGAACCUUGAGAACGACUGCUGUACAAGAAUUCAAAAGGCAUUUGCAGUAUUUUUACUGUACAGUGGAGUAGAGGCUGGCCCACCAAGUUUAGGUGUUCAAAUUGACAGCUCAUACGUACCCAAGAAUAAUUUGGAAGAGGCAAUACUGCUUUUGAUGAUUCUCUUGAGGAAAUUUCACCUUGGUAAGACUAAAUGGGAUCCAUCGGUGAUGGAGCACCUAACAUUUGCACUAUCUGUAUGCAACCAAACUUCGGUUUUAGCAAAGCAAGUUGAAGAGAUCAUGCCUGGAAUAUAUCAUCGGGUUGACCGUUGGAACUCUUUAGCUCUUUGCUAUAGUGGAGCAGGACAAAACAAAGCUGCUUUGAAUCUACUAAGGAAGUCUCUACACAAACAUGAACGACCGGAUGACCUCAUGGCCUUGCUAUUGGCUGCUAAGAUCUGCAGUGAGGAUUCUUAUCUUGCUGCAGAGGGAGUGGGCUAUGCAAAGAGGGCGAUCAGUAAUGCUGAACAACAGGCUGAGCAUUUGAAGGGUGUGGGUCUUCACAUGUUGGGUCUUUGUUUGGGAAAGCAAGCUAAAAUUUGCUCUUCUGACUUUGAGAGAUCUCGUUUGCAUUCCGAAGCUUUAAAAUCAUUAGAUGGAGCAAUUGCGUUGGAGCACAACAAUUCGGAUUUGAUUUUUGACUUGGGAGUUCAAUAUGCAGAACACCGAAAUCUGAAUGCUGCUUUGCGCUAUGCAAAAGAAUUUAUUGACGAAACAGGAGGCUCCGUAAUAAAAGGUUGGAGAUUGCUGGCUCUUGUUCUGUCCGCUCAACAGCGAUUUUCAGAGUCUGAAGUGGUUACGGAUGCUGCUUUUGAUGAGACUGCAAAGUGGGAUCAAGGACCCCUGCUCAGGCUUAAAGCAAAGCUAAAGAUCUCUCAGUCGCUUCCCAUGGAUGCCAUUGAAACCUAUCGCUAUCUACUUGCUUUGGUUCAAGCCCAAAGAAAAUCUUUUGGGCCUUUCAGAGUUAAUCCUCAGGUUGAGGAUGAUAAAUUCAAUGAAUUUGAAGUAUGGCACGGUCUGGCAAAUUUAUACUCUAGUCUUUCACUUUGGAAGGACGCGGAGAUAUGCUUGGGAAAAGCCAGACAACUUAGACAAUACACUGCAGAAACACUGCACACAGAAGGUGUUAUGUUCGAAGGACGUGGGCAAACACAAGAAGCUCUGGGCACUUAUAUUGGGGCUUUUCUAGUAGACCCACACUAUGUUCCUUGCAAGAUCUUGCUUGGUUCUCUGAUGUUGAAGAUGGGCUCAGAUGCGUUGCCUGUGACAAGAAGCUUACUCUCAGACGCAUUAAGGAUAGAUCCCACAAAUCGCAAGGCUUGGUAUUACUUGGGGAUGGUUCACAGAGAUGAUGGGCGAAUUGCUGAUGCCACAGACUGCUUCCAGGCAGCUUCCAUGCUCGAAGAAUCCGAUCCGAUAGAAAGCUUCAGCUCUCUUUAUUGACUGGCACCUGCUUAUAUCAUGGUUUAACUUCUUACAAGUCUUUGGUCUCUAGCCAUCAUCUCCUUGAACCUUUUAAAUGUGGAACUUAAUACAUAUAUAUGGCUAUAAAGAACUAAAAGCAACAACAGUCGAAUGACAUGGUAUGGAGUCAUUUUGGCAUUUUCCGAAUCAUCAGAAGGCACAGGGAAUCAGUUGAAGGCAGAAACUAUUGUAUUUAACAUUUGCUUUGGAACUAUAAAUUAUGAAAGGACAAAGGCAAAGAAGCUGACUUUGAGUUUAAAAUGGAUGAGUUGUGGAGAAUGUGGACUUCUUUUGUUGGUGGGUGUUGAGGAAGAGGAGUUCAGAUGCGGAAGCUUUUAGCAAUGUAUUCAUUACUUUCAAUAAUUUGUCUUUUUUGCUCACCUUUGUAAAUUAAAAUUUGUUCGACUUGGCUAGCAUUUUUUUAUGGAAGAAAAUACAUAUAUUGAUUCGUUCCAUCUUUUGUUGCGCA